AUGGGCUCCCCAAAGGCCUCGACCACUCUCUCUCUGUGGAAUCGUAAACGCGAUCUGUUCUACUUCAUCUUCUUCGCUAUCCAUAUUCCCAUCGUCUUUUUGGUCGACACUGUGCACCUGCAGCCGUCCUUCCUGACCUUCAACUUCUCCUACGAUGUCCGCGACUUUUACUUCCGCAACUACCAGGACAAGUUCUUCACGGAGACCCCGCCCGCCUGGUUCCAGUUCUUCUCGUACAUGGAACUCUACUACCACGGACCCUUGAGCAUCUGGGCCGUCUGGGCGCUGUGGAAAGAUGACCCCAUGAUCCCUGUCCACCUCCUCGCGUUCGGAAUCCAGUCCUUUGUCACCACCAUCGUCUGCCUCAUUGAGAUGUGGGGCUGGACUGAUCGCACCGUCAGCCAGAAGCAGCAGCUGUCCAUGUUGUAUACCCCGUAUGCAGCGCUUGGCGGUUUCAUCGCAUUGGAUAUGAUAUUCAGACUGCGGCGACAGAUCCUGUCAAAGUCGAAACGUGACAAACGCGAGUAA